AUGGACAGCAAAGUGAGUGCCAUCCUCUAUGUUGCUGCACAAUGUGCUCUGCCUCCUGAAUGUGGCCCAGUUGCUUCCAAGGAAAUUUGGGCUCAGACCGACAAAGGGGAGAAGGCCACAGAUGGCCAGCAAGGCAGCGCCAGGAGCCAGGAGGGAGGCACGGAACAGAUGCUGCCCUGCAGGCUCCAGAGGGAGCGUGGCCCCGCUGACCCCGUUGAUUUCCACGACCACCUGAUGGCCAUUCUCCAAGGACAUUUCCUAGACAUUCUGGGGUCACCAUCUGUAAAGUUCAAGGUCAGAGCCUCAGCUAUCCCAGGGAUACAAGCUCUCCGUGAGAGGAAGAGGGAGAACAGGAAGCAAGAGGAGCUGCCUGAAGAUCAGCAUCUGGCUCUGGGUCAGAUGUCACAGAAGGCAGAAGGUGCCCAGGGCUCUGAGGACAAAACAAAGGAGACAGAAGGGGACCAAGCUCCUGAGGAAGGCCCUUCCCUCAGCAUAACAGAACCGCGAAAGGACUCCAAGGGUACGGCCAGCCCAGGUAUGAACUCAGUCCCCGUGCAUUUGCCAGGUAUCCUUCUUAGGUGUGACGAAGUGGGGACCUGGAGCUGCAGCCUCCGAGGUGUAUUAGCGACCACAAACUCUUUCUCUCCCCUGCUUCUUGGAACAGAUUGGAAACUGCCGAUCCCCCCAGGACCUGUUUAUCCACCACUGGUCUCCUCAAGUGUGAGCACCAAAGCUGGGGGAGGAAGCUGGGAAUUAUCUCCUCGAGUAGCAAAGAGCUUCCGAAUACACGACGUAAGUCUUUCAAGGAUCCCUUCGCAGGGCCCUUUCCGGCACUUGACGGACAGGAUGCUGGAGCAGAGGCUGGCCGGCCGGAAGGAGCGCCGCAGCCGCUUUGGAGACAUCGACGUGCACAAGUGCUACCAGUUUGGGCGGACCUUCUCCCCUUUCCAGGCCCUGGCCACGAUGGAGAUGCGAAGACCAAUGCUUCCCCGAGCUCUGCCCAUGAGUCCCCAGAUGCAAAGGAAUGGUGCUUCACGAAACCCCGAUGCAAUUCUCCAGGAUUUACCCUUGACUUCCACAGAGCUCGACUUGGGAAAGGAUGACAACAACCAUGAGAAAGAGAAACCAGUGAACCACAUUAGAACACCUUUAUUUCCCCCAAUAGUUAGAGUAACCAAAUCUAACAACAUGAAAUAA